AACCCUGGUUUUUAAUCAAUGACGACUAUAAACAAUUUAAGAAUUCACUAAAAAAAAUCCAUAAAUAUAACUUUCGACUUAAACACAUCAUUAAACCAUGACGGAUCCCUGGUCGGUCCAAGGCACAAACGAAGUUACACGACAAGAUAAUUCAACAAACGAGUCCAAAGAAAAUAACCAACGUAAAAGUGCUGAUCCAAGAAACGAUUCCCAAACUUUGGGGUUUGAGGAUAGUUUCAUUCAAGAAGAUAAUAAUUCCAAUACAAUAGUGGUAGCAGAUAGUGAUAAAACCUCUUCAAAGGAAGACGCGCACACUGAGCAUCAACCUCUGUCCGAUUCUGAAACAUAUUUGCAGAGUUUAGAACGUAAACUUGAAAAACUUAAAAAAGGCUCAAAACUAGUUGACGCUUUAUCGGAGAAGCGGGACGAUUGCCUGCGCUCUAUGCUGCAGAGUAAUUCGAGCAACGGUUUCAAUAAUGAUACAUUGUUGGAGUUAGAAGCAAGCAUUACAAAUUCUGACUCAGCUGUACAAAACUUGUACAGACAAAUACAACCUGUCCAACCGGUAACGGUGGGUGAAACUGUGCAUAUAGUGAAAUACGAUCAACUGGAAGAGCAACGUUUGGAGGCUGAAACUGAAGCCACAAACGAAGAACUAGAAGAAAAUCUACCAGACAGCCGCUAA